GUGGGCGCCGUAAUUGGUGAUAUUUCUUCGGACCUGACAAUGGCAGAAGCUAUUAUGACUUCUAGUAUCGGCAUUCCCCAAUGUUCCUUUUGCACUUACAACAUGGACGAAACGCAAUUGAGUACAUAUGGGUACUUUUUCCGUACAGUGCCGGGUGUCGUUACAUAUCUCGAGGGAUUGAUGGCAGUGAUCCGACAUUAUGGCUGGCGAAGAAUCUCCAUCCUGUAUACGUCGGAUGUGCCGGGAUUAUUAGGUACCAUAUCGACUUAUCUUGUUUACGCCUAUAAAAAGCGAUUUGUCACGUUAACUAAAGUGGUCAUUUUCCAACGCAUUGGUAUUGAUAGGCGAAAAGUCAUUCUCGAAGAUUCUGGGCUUUUCAGCCCAAAUCAUGUAUGGUUGACCACUAUCGAUCUAUCCAACUCGCUUUCAGUCCUCCCGAGUCCCUCAGAUUUCAAUGGGUUGAUUAUGGCAGAUGCUCUAUGGAAUAUGCCUGGCGAUCCAGCCUAUGAUAAGUUUGUAGCGAGGUGGACGAAUUCGGAUCUGAAAGAGUAA